GUUAAUUGAAGUUGAAUUGAACGAGCAGCGACCGAACCGAAAAUUGAAAGAAUCAUAGACGCCAAUGGCACUCGCAGUUUAAAAAUCCUCCAUCGUCAUUAUAUUGUGUGCUUCCCAAACGAUGAUGAAAAUGAAGCUGUUAUCACGCGAAUAUAACCUAUAUUAGAUUAUUAGAAUCUUUUAUCCUCUCCUAUCGUGUUCCUUCGUGGCUAACUUGAACAAUCACUCUUCGUUUGCUCUCAGAACCUUUCACAAGAGCUUGUUAAGGACGUUAUAAGCGUCCUCCUGAAAUGCACAAUGGCAAAGGCAAGUAAGCAGUGGUUUGCGUGAUAAAAUGAAAGAAAUAAACAAAACAUACUCCGUCUUUGUUUUGGUAUCCUUAGUAACAAUUGUCUGUAACAAAUUCUCUUUGACCCUUGAAGCGUGCUGUGCACAACCGGAUAAACGUAACACAUGUAUUUGCGCAAUAAAUACCUCGACAUGUAACAUAUCUUAGCAGCAAAAGAGAAGAACACGUAAACCGUUGGACGUUUUGGUUCGCAAUGGCAGACGGAGAUAUGAGUGAUACAGAUUCCCACGCAAAUUCUAGAGUAAAUCUUGGCGAAUAUCGGAGCCUUGUAAAGCGAUUUCGACACAGCCCUAUGGUUCAACCAAAGAGACCUCACUCAGGAGGACGACUUAUACUCCAGGAUGAAUCCGUUCGCAUGGGCAUGAAAAUGGUACCCUUGCAAGAUCGUAACGUUGCGUUUCAUCGUGCUGUUGCUCAUGGUAAUUCUGAAGACGUGAGGAAGAUUUUGUCCCAGAAGAAGUACGAUGUGAACUCCUUUGAUGAAUACGGAUUCACAGCACUGCAUUACGCUGCCCAAUACAACAAAGUGUUUAUCCUCAACAUGCUUCUGGAUUUUGGCGCAGAGGUCUCGGUGACGGGUGUAGAUGGUUCGACUGCCCUUCACCUUGCUGCGAGAUUCAAUUCUCUGGAUGCCGUCCUAUCUCUUCUUGGAGCAGGGGCUAAGGUUGGCUCGAAAAAUAGCCUCACAGGUUCAACUCCCUUACAUGAAGCCGCAGCAUUUGGAAACAAAGACAUUGUUGAGCAUCUUUUGAAGAUUGCAAAGGCUGACGUCGAUGCUUCAGAUUUCAAAUCUGUCUCGCCACUUAUGCACGCUAGUGGCUCAGGCUAUAGUAAAAUCUGUUUACUUCUGCUGCAGUAUGGAGCUCAAGUUGAUUUUUCUUCGGCAGAAGGGAUGACAGCUCUCCAUUUUGCCGCCACCAAUGGGGAUUCGUAUGUCACACAACAGAUAAUCGAAGCAGCAAUUCGCCAUUAUUUUAAAAACGAACCCAAUGCUGUCGCAAAACCUGAAAUGAAUGCUGACUUCAAACAGUUCAUUAACAAAUGCGACUUGGAUGGCAGUACGGCACUUCAUCUGGCGGUACAAACAGGUUCCAAGGAUGUGUCCCAAGUGCUAAUUCAGUAGGGGGCCGAUGUGAACUGUCAAAACAAGAGCCUCCAGACACCAGUGUACCUGGCAGCAGUAGGAGGACAUCAAGAUGUUCUGAAAAUGCUUAUUUCACAGGGUGGAGAUAUGAAUGCAAGUGACAGCCAACAGAGAACUGCUCUGCACAGCGCUGCUGCUUUGGGAUCUGUGAAAUGUAUCGAAAUCCUUCAUGAAAAUGGUGCUAAAAUUGACACGAGAGACCAGAAUGGUCAAACACCUUUUCUCGUGGCAGUAGCCGCUGGACAGACCGAUUGCGCAAAAUUAUUUAUAUCAUUUGGCGCCAAAGUGGCAACUCAAGACAAGCGCCUUCGUUGUUGCCUCCAUCUUGCUGUGGAACAGGAAAGAGAGGAAACACUCAGUAUGUUACUGAGUGAGACUGGUAACGACCUAGCCAACAUACCUGACCACAAACAGCGCACGUCGCUUCAUUACGCCUCGUGGAUUGACAACCCGAAGCUUUUGGAGCUGCUACUUGAGACAAAAGCUAAUGGAUGCGUUCGAGACGCAAAGCACAAGACGCCCCUUCAUCUAGCCGCUGACCGAGGCACCUCACGCCAAGUCAGGGUUCUCACUCAAGCUGCGCCAUCUUGUGUAUGGAUGCGAGAUGAUCAGCGGCGAACUUCUCUGCACUACGCUGUUAUGAGCAUGAAGAGGAAAUCUUGCGCCAUACUUUUGGACAUGGGUGCUGAUAUCAACAGCCCUGAUAUCGUUGGCUGGACCCCUCUAAUGUGGGCUGCAAAGGCAGGAAAUGUCGGUGUUAUGGAGCUCAUUCUUGAGAGGGGCGGGCACACAGAUCACGUGGACAUUGAUGGAAAUUCAGCGCUCCAUGUGGCAGCGCAUUUCAGUCAAGUAGAGAUCGUCAGGACAUUGUUGAAUUAUGGAGCGAGCUUGAUUGUACUUAACAAGCAUGGAAUGACAUGCCUUGAUGUGGCCAUGGAAGCGCAGAGUAAUGAGGUUGUCAUGGUCAUUGUCAAACAUACCAGGUGGCGAGAAGCACUUACAGCCUCGAGUGCUAAAUCUAAUCCUAUGGAAAGGUUGAUUGAACAUUUUCCCGACGCCGCCCACGUUGCCUUGGAUCGCUGCAUUCAGAGGUCUACUUCUGAGCGCUCCAUAAAGUAUGACUUCACACUCAUAGAUCCAAGCCCUGAUGAUCACAGUGGAGACAACGGUGAACGAUUCCUAGGCUUGGUAACGAUGGUCAGACACAAACAGCAGCUCCUCCUAGUUCACCCGCUCUCCCGAAAGUUAUUGCUUCUGAAGUGGAGGAGGUUUGGUUGGUUUGUAUAUGGAACGAAUGUCUUGAUUUAUUCACUUUUCCUAAUAUUCUUGACCAUUUUUGUCUCAACGGAGCGAGAGAAGGUCAACUUUCCUAAACCAGAAGACGAUGACGAAGUUGACGAUGAAUUCUUCAGAGAGAAAAAUGAAUUCAACAAAGCGGUGCCUUAUAUCGUCGUCGUAUUCACAGUUUUGCAUCUUGGGAAAGAAUUUUAUCAGAUCUACACCCAGAGACUUCGUUAUUUCACUGAGUGGACCAAUUUUCUUGAAUGGGCCUUAUAUCUAACUGCAUUUUUGUUUGUUUUGCCUUACGUUUUUGAGGACACCGGUCUGAGAAAAAACUUUGAAAUUUACUGGCAGAUAGGAACGUUUUCCAUUUUCUUUGCCUACGUUAACUUAAUCCUCAUGGUAGAGCCGAUGAAGUUCUUGGGUCUGUACGUGACCAUGUUCAUCGAAGUGAUGAAGACCGUUCUGAAGGUUCUGUUAUUGUUCGUCAUGUUCACUUUGGCCUUCUCAAUGGCGUUCUAUAUUCUGUUGAAAGAACAGGACUCAUUUAACACAAUAACGAAGGCCUUCAUGAAAGUCUUUGCUAUGACUAGCGGGGAAAUUGAAUAUACUCAAACCGUUAUUGAUGCGUUGGACAAGACAUCACCUGGCACAACUUUUCCACUCGUCCCUUUUGAAGAUUCUACCUACAUUUUCUAUUUCUUGUUUAUCUUGACGAUGCCGAUAGCUCUUGUUAACCUGUUGAUUGGUUUGGCAGUUGGAGAUAUCGAAGCUAUUCAGAAGACAGCUUUCCUUAGGAACAAGGGGAAGCAAAUUACUUUUAUUGCCGAUAUAGAGAGGAAAUUCCCAAAAAUCUUCACUAGGCGAGUGUACAGUGGACAUGUAAUCGUAUAUGCUGGACAAGAGAGAGGAAAACUUUGGAGAAAAAGGACCAGGCAGGAAGAAUUCCAAGAUGAAGAUCUUCUGGGAGACAAUGACGGAGAAAUUGACGAUAUGACUUUACGGCUGGACAAUUUGACACGAGAAAUAGAAAAGUCUAAAAUAAGACAGAAGAUCCUCAUCGGUGCCACGGACCAACAGAGAGAUAUCCUGCUCGCUGUAGCCGAGCAUGUCGGUGUAGAAGUUAAUUUGCCAUCGCGUAUAAAGAUAGAGUGAAAGCUUGAGAAUAUCUUUUGAGAGACAAAAUGAUAAACUUGCAAAUGUUUUUUUUUUUUUUUAAGUUACAAAAUAUCAUGUAGGGGACCAG